ACAAACAUGAAACUUUUUGGGUAAGUUUCCAAGAAACGAGACUGUUAAAUUUGGAAGAAACUGUUGUUCUUUUGGAAAGUAGAUCCUAUUGACUAGGAGUCAACUUGGCAUAUCCUUUCCUUAACAACACCAUCCUACUUUUAAUUUAUUUAUUCCUCAUUUUGUACCCGUUACUGCUUUAAAUCAUUAAUCGUUCGCGCUUUUGAAAUUACAAGGCUUAAUCCUCCGGUGCCUGUUUUGUAUGCAACAUCACCAUUUCUAGUGAUCAAGAAAGUUUGCUUGUCUUUGUUACGGAAAUGUCAUCGUCUAGUAGCUGGAGAAAGCCAGAAACAAAGAACCGAGAGUUGAUCGACGUGGUGUUUGCUUGGUCGAUUUUGGACGUACUCAACAAAGAUUUUUACAAGAACAAGGUUAACAAAAUCCCAGAAAGAUUUUCAUCGUCGACUGCUUACACCAAGUCGUUUGUCGACCCACUACUCGAAGAAACCCAUGCUGAAUUGCUGUCCAGUAUGAACGGAAUUUCUCGAGCAUCUACUCGUGGGAUCAUGGUUAUAUCGGAAGAAAAAAAAGAUAUUAAGUUCCCUAAUUACUACUUGUACAGCAUAUAUUUUGAAAAGAAGAGUAGAAGUGAAAAUUACGAGCCUGAGGUGGGAGAUCUCAUCGUGUUGACAAAUGUAAAACCAAGACGCGUUAAUGAUCUCCGGCCCUAUGUCAUUGCUUCGGUCCAAAGGGUCCACAAUGAAGAUCAUGCCACAACCCAAGUUAUAUCCUCGAAGCCCAUACCGUUUUCUUGGAUACAAUCACACAAAGGAGGGAAAGUGAUCAAUAAAGUGUUUGCAGUUAAUCUCAUGAACUUGACGACGAAUACCCGUAUCUGGCAAGCUUUGCACUCUAGUUUGGAUGGGAAUAAGAACAUGAAAAUGAUCAAUAAAGUGCUUCAAACUGACUCAAUGGGUAAAGAAAAAUGUGCAAUAUGUACCGUUGAAGAUACGAAGAAAUCUGCUUCACCGAUCUUGCAAGAAGCAAUGUGCGGUUUUAAUUUGAAUUCAUCCCAAGAAACCGCGGUCUGGAGUUGCAUCACGGCUAGAGAAUGCCAUCAUCAGGAGAGCGUAAACCUGAUAUGGGGUCCACCCGGGACAGGAAAAACAAAGACCACCGGUUGUCUUUUAUUCGCUCUAUGGGAACUGAAAUGUUGCACAUUAACUUGUGCCCCGACAAAUAAUGCUGUGUUAGAAGUUACAAAACGUUUCAUGAGUCUUGUAACAGGUUCACUCAAGUAUGCCCCUUAUGGUUAUGGAGACAUAGUUAUAUUUGGGAAUGGUAAACGAAUGAAAAUCGAUGAUUUUCAAGAACUCAGUCAAGUGUUUCUAGAAAACCGCGUAUCGGCUCUUGCUGCUUGUUUGUCUCCUAUUAUAGGUUGGCGAAGCAAGGCAGGAUCUAUGAUACGUUUACUAAAAUUCCCAGAAGCUGAAUACCGUUUGUAUAACGUAAGCAGUGAAAGAAAGGCGGAUGAUGAAACAGAUAGUGAUGAUGCUGAAGAUAGUGAUGAUGAUGAUGAGUUUGGUUUGAAGGAAAAGGUGAUGAAAAACAAGAAAAGCGACGAUGAUAAGCUAUCUAUUAGAGAGUUUAUCACAAAAAGAUUCAAUGUUCUUGCAGAAGAACUGACAACUAUGGUCAGAAACUUAUACACACACAUGCCAACUUCUUUUGUUACUUUAAAACUAGCAAAGAAAAUGAUGACACUAAUCAGCUUGGUUCAGUCACUCGGUGAUUCAGUUAUCCAACCGUUUGCCAUUUCUGAACAAACGGAGAUAACUCUCACGGAGUUUAUGGUCACAAAGGAUUUCCUUCAAACAGCUAAUGAAGUCCUUUGUGAAACCGUUUCUUUCCCUAACUUCAAAGAUGAUCAAGAAGCUGGGAAUUUUUGUUUGAUGAAUGCAUGUUCGGUGUUCUGCACUGCGUCGAGCUCAAGUAGAUUGCACUCCCUUGAUCAGACUAAUGUCGAGUUAUUGGUCGUCGAUGAAGCUGGUCAACUUAGAGAAUGUGAAUCUGUUAUCCCUUUGCAACUCUCUCGUCUUCGUGAUGUUGUACUCAUUGGAGACGAAAGACAACUCCCUGCUAUGGUUACAAGCAAGAUAUGUAAGGAGGCACAGUUUGGCAGGAGUUUAUUUGAGAGAUUAGUGUCGCUAGAACACACGACACACUUGCUAAAUGUCCAAUACAGAAUGCAUCCCGAUAUAAGCUUGUUUCCAAACAAAGAAUUCUAUGGUGAUAAGCUACUUAAUGGUCCAAAUGUAGAAGAAAACAGCUACAAAAAACAGUUUCUUGAAGGAGACAUGUUUGGAUCAUACUCUUUUAUACAUUUAGCCCAAGGGAAAGUCGAGUUUGAUGGAUAUAGUGGGAAAAACAUGGUGGAAGUUGCUGUCGUUGUUGAGCUGCUUGCGAAACUUCAUAAAGAAUCUGUGAAGAACAAACAAAAGAUUAGCGUCGGUUGCAUUGCACCGUAUAAAGCUCAAGUUACUGCAAUACAAAAGAAACUUGGGGACAUUUAUCAAACUGGAGAAGACUUUUAUGUGAAGGUUGGAACUGUUGAUGGAUUCCAAGGUUGUGAAGAAGACGUGAUAAUUAUAUCAACUGUGACCGGUGUCGGGAGUGAUUCGAUUGGUUUUCUUGGUACGCGCCAAAGAGCAAAUGUGGCUCUAACCCGAGCAAGGCAUUGUCUGUGGAUAUUGGGAAAUGGAGACACUUUGAAGUCUAGCAGCGAAAUUUGGGAGCGUUUAGUGGACAAUGCGAAGGUUCGUUGUUGUUACCACGAGGCUGACCAGGACGAGUGUUUGAGUCGAUUGAUCACAAACACCUUAGAAGAGCACGAUGAUGGGAAUUUUGAGAAUGGGUGGUUAUCAAAUCGAAUUGCGGCUAUGAGUUUAACAAAAGGGGUAGGAUCUUCAUUGUCAUCGUCAUCAAGGUUCAGCCAAAACUGUAGGAAAUGGUAAUUUGUAUGAAAAUGUUACGAGACUUGUAAGAACUAUGUUAAACCAAGCUCAUAAGCUGGUGUGUAUCUAUAUGGUCAUUGAUAAUGUACUUAAAGUUAUAUUUAUGUCUA